AUGGUCGACAUCGGGCGUACUUUUGGAGCACUCAUGAUCGGUGGGAUCAUUGCUGCCGUCUUCUCGGGUAUGGUUACAUCUCAAGCAUUUUCCUACUUCAAAUACUACACCAAUGAUCCACGUGCCCUUAGAGGACUUGUUGCUCUCGUCUGGUUCCUCGACUUCUGUCACACAAUAUUCAUCACUACGGCGUUAUGGGACCACCUCAUUGCUCACUUCGGGGAUGCAGCGAGGAUAGAUUUUAUUCCCUGGUCGCUAGCGAUCACCAUUGCCUUCACGGCUGUAUUGACAUUCCUUGUCCACCUCUUCUUCGUCUACCGGAUUUUCAAAUUAAGCAAGAACAACUACAUCGUGGCUGUGCCUCUGGCUAUUUUGGCUUGUGCGCGUCUUGUGGUCAUUCUCACUGGGGCUUGCUAUAUCUUCACUUUUGGACGUCUUGAUUACAAUCUCUCUGUGUUAUCUUCUCCAAAAGAAGCACAAAAAGAAUUCAAGUCUAAACCACAUACUGGACUCGUUGAUGCUAUACACAUUCGAAACUGGGUCGAUAACUUGUGGCUUACCAUGCAUACCAAUCUCAUCUUCAUGGGCAUCCAUUUUGUGAUUAGUAAAUUCUAUGCCAACUCGCUCCUUGCGACUCUAAAUGCUCGGAAGACUUUGCACCCCACAAGCCACCGUGCUCAAGGCUCAUACGACCGCAAUAUGCCAAUCAUGUUCCCAAACAACUCUUUCGGUCUCUCGAGCAAUAACACGCCUUCUUUGAAAAUUAAAAUCGACGAAACGAAAAUGUCCAGGUCUGAUGGAACCUCUUCAGGCUCUGGAAGCCGAAAUCCCUCAACUGUCGAGGACCAUGAUGUUAAAUCCAGAGGAGAAAUGGAUGUUUGUUGA